UUCAUUGGUGUCAGUGGGAGGAAUCGUGCCCCGUCAUUGGUUGUCAGUGGGGGGAGGAAUAGUGCCCCAUCCUUGGUGUCAGUGGGGGGAGGAAUAGUGCCCCAUCCUUGGUGUCAGUGGGGGGAGGAAUAGUGCCCCAUCCUUGGUGUCAGUGGGGGGAGGAAUAGUGCCCCAUCCUUGGUGUCAGUGGGGGGAGGAAUAGUGCCCCAUCCUUGGUGUCAGUGGGGGGAGGAAUAGUGCCCCAUCCUUGGUGUCAGUGGGGGGGGAAUAG